UAAGGAGCGGCGGGAGGUGGGGGUCCCAGCAACCGAGUGUCAAGAGUGCGCCAACGGCUGGAGUGUCCCCACCAUGUCCCUGCAGGCUAAUUUCAAUAAGGCUGCCGAAGACGUGAGGAAGCUGAAAAAAAGGCCAGACGACGAAGAACUGAAAGAGCUCUAUGGACUCUACAAACAGUCUUUACACGGGGACAUCAACACUGAGUGUCCAGGGGUGUUAGACUUAAAAGGCAAGGCUAAGUGGGAAGCCUGGAACCUCCGAAAAGGAUUAUCGAAGGAAGAUGCCAUGACUGCCUAUAUUUCUAAAGUAAAAGAACUGAUAGAAAAAUACGGAAUUUAGAAUUCAGCACAUGAGAAAACUUUCUUUCUGAAGCCUCCAUAAUGGUUUCUUGACCUAACGUUUAGGAGAGAAAUGCACUGUCAACUCUUUACAUAUCGCAAAUAUCGUUGCUAGUAACAUGAAUUGUAAUCCUUAAUUAGAAGUGUGAUAAACUGUAUAUUUAAUGAAAUUUUACUUGCUAAAACCGGGUGUUUUUUUU